AUGUCCAGAAAGAAACACGGAAAAGACAAGACGAACGCUGGAGUCGAUGAGGGAACCUCGAAAAAUGCAGGAACGACUCCAAAUGAAAUGCCUGCUCAAACCUUUGAUGAAUAUCAGUGCUCGGGCAAUGUGGAAAUUGACUUCCCUGCGCUUUGUGCUCUUCUGGAUAUGAAAGAUAUCCCAGAUGUCAGCACCAAGCAACCAGACUCCUCCACUGCUGAAGCUGAAGGAGGGAACACAGAGGAAAGCCAGUCCCAGAUAAACGCCGAACCUUCCUGGCCUAAGCCUUGCCUCCAAGUGGAGCUGGAGAAUGAAGACUCACUCAGCACCAAGAGCAUGAAGGUUUCCGGAUGGAAAGUAGAUGGGCAGAUUGCCCGUGUGCUGAACAAGAUGCUUCCCUCCUUGAGCAAGCUGCAGAGCCUUCACCCGUGUUGCAGGUUUUGGCAGGCCGGCCUGACAGAUCGAAUGCUAAUCUCCCUCAUGAACACAAUAUCGUUGUGCUCCAACCUGAGGGUUGUGACAUUAGAUGGCAACACUCUUCCCGAGCAGAGCUACCACCUUCUCUUGUCUGAAGAAAGCGUCCUCACUCACUUGUCCCUGCGAAAUAACCGGAUAGGAGACGAGGGCGCGCGUCUGAUUGGGUCCGCUCUCUCAACGCCCAGAUCUGCUAACAAGAACCUCUGCUCACUCAACCUAGCAUUCAAUUGUAUUGGCGAUGCAGGCGCUGCACAAAUCGCACAGGGCCUGCGGUUGAAUCGUGCGUUGCUCCUUCUCUCACUGUCCAACAAUAAGAUUAGAGAUUCAGGAGCCACUCAUCUGGCUGCGAUACUUGGUGAGUUUGCCCUAACUCAUGAGGAAGUUGUGGAGAGGAGGAAGCUGCUCCUGGAGAGGAUGCAGGCUGUAAGUGCGACGCAACUUCCCUCAGUACCCGGCGGCACUUCAGCGAGCAAAGGGGAGAGCAAAAGUACCUCCAAAAAAAGGGAAGCAGCCAAAAAAGAAGAGAAACCGCCUGCCAGCAAAGAGAACCCAAAAUCUAACAAGAAAGCCUCUGAGCUAAAGGUGCCUCCAAGUAAAGGUGGCAAGUCGGGGGGAAAACAGAAACAAAUAUCUACACAGGAGGAAACGUCAAACGCAGCCCUGAAUGAGCAGGUCGAGUCAGUGGAGAUAGUGAACCCCCUGCUGGACCAGUCUGUGCAGCACAGGGACACACAGCUCAUUCUGCCUGGAAACACGACUCUCACCUGCCUCAACCUGGCAGGAAACAGAAUAACGGAGCAGUCGCUGCCUCUGUUCCUGUCGUCACUGCAGAUGCAGGCUGAGGGUGGAGGUCUGCUCCGUCUCUGUCUGCAGAGGAACCACUUCCCUCCAGAGUGUGAGUCUUAUGUGAAGAUCAAAGAGCUGAUGGCACUCAGAGAUCCACUCAACAAAAACACUUCUGAACAGCCGGAAGAGGAGGGAGAGGGGGCGUAG